ACAUUCGACUAGUAAUACUUUGAAAGUACAAAAAAGUGUGUACAUGUACCUCCGGUUAUUCGUGAAGAGUUAUUAUCAAAUUAGCUGUAACUUAAUUAGCUGUAAAAAAAGCAAGUAACGUAUAAUAUGGGACGUAGCCGUUCACCUUCACCAGGAAGAAGAAGAGAUCGAUCCCGAGAACGAGACCGGGAACGAGAACGAGACAGGGAUCGGAGAAGGAGACGCUCCCGUGAAAGAAGAAGAAGAUCGGCUGAACGGGAUCGAGUAAAGUCAAGGGAUAGGGAAAGGGAUCGCGAUCGUGAACGAGAAAGGCAUAGACGUUCAUACAGUAGAUCCAGGUCAAGAGAAAGAGACAGGCCUAAACCUAAACUGAAACCUACAACGGCAGAACGACCUGUAAUUACAGAGGCUGAUUUACAAGGGAAAACACCAGAGGAACAAGAAAUGAUGAGAAUAAUGGGUUUUUGUGGUUUCGACACUACUAAAGGCAAAAAAGUUGAAGGAAAUGAUGUAGGAGCUGUGCAUGUUAUUCUGAAGAGAAAGUAUAGACAGUACAUGAACAGAAAAGGAGGAUUCAACAGACCGCUAGAUUUUGUAGCAUAA